AUGCCAAAAGGCGGCAGAGGGAGAGGGAGAGCCAAAGGCAAGGGCCGUGCCCAGUUAUUGGCCCAUGGCGAAUCUCUAUGUCCGGCAAGGAGGCCAGAUAUAUCGCUUGUUGCUGAACAGCCAACUGGAGAAGAUGAUGAUGAAAAAAGUGCUCAUAAAGUACCGUCUAAUAAAGAAAUAGUUACUGAAAAGACUGCUGGUAGUUUAGGUUUGUUUUUAAAGAGUUCUGGUCAACCACAAUGCAAUGUGUGCAUUUGUUUCUGUCAUGUUAUGGGCCAGAGGCCGCCAUUUUUGUGGCCUUGAAAAUGGCAGCAACAAUUGAGAAAAGUAACAGAAAAACGUAAACAAAAGUGUGCAUUGCAUUGUGGUUGACCAGGACUCUUUAAAUACUACUGUAUUACUUUUAGAAGUGCAACAUAUAGACUGCGAGCAGUUCCUCCUUAAAAGGAAAGGAGGAACUGCAGACAAGUUCAGUCACAACAUGAAAUACGCCCACUUUUCGCACUGCCCCUUAAGCCUGUUCUCCACUUCAAUCGUACAGAAACGUAGCGUAUUUCUUUGUUUCCUGAGCGGUAGUGUGGAACUAGUCACUUUGACAAAAGAAAAUGGUAUGUUACAACACGGCUGAAGUGGAAAGUUACGGGCUUUACAGUGUGACUACACUACAGUAAGUGGAGCAACUUCAGUGAACUGUAAUAACACUGGAACACUAACUGCAGGUAAACAUGCCCAUACUUGCCUGAAGCCAAGACGGCACAGAAUAAGGUACACAGAAGGCCGACUUCUUCGUUUUUCCUAUGAUUUUCCUAUGAUUUUGGCGUAACUCGUGAUUCGUCAUCAAAUGCUGACGCCAUGGUCCUAGCCAGUGCGCGUCUGAGAGGCAUUCACCCCCCUGAUAUCAUUCAAAAUGGCGUAUGUCCAGGGGGGGAAUGCCUCUCAAACCCGCACUGGCUAGGACCAUGGCGUCAGCAUUUUGAUGAUGAAUCAUGGCGUGGCAGCGUUACUCGAGUCGACCUUCUGUGUACCUUAUUCUGUGAAGACGGCGCUUCUCGCAAUGCGUGGCAAGCAAUAAAUUAACUUUCAAAAGGACUGGGGAGAGUUUCAAGGAGUGGGAAAUUCAGUCAAAAAUUUGUUUUUGAGCGAAAAUCAGCAAGAAAAAGUACUUUUUUAUCAAAACAGAUCUGUCAAUCAACUAUAUCAGCCAAUCGGAAUUUUGCGUUGUGUCGACAUUGUAUAUUUUGUUUCUUGGUGUGUUGUCUGCAGUCCCUCCUUUCCCCUUAAGGAGGGACUGCUUGCAGUCUAUGCAAUAUAAAAUAUGAACAAGCUUUCGUUGGUAGGGAUGCGACUACCUGAAAAAUAUAAGGAGAAGAAUUACGACUUUUUUAACCAAGGCUCGUCUGGAGACUAGCCUUACAACGAAAGCUUUAAGUAAACAUAACUUUCAAUUGGUAGAAUGUUAAUGAUUGUGCCUUGCUGAAUUUCAUAAUUAUGGUUCAGUCUUAUCAAUAGAUUCCUGUUUUAAUUUAGAAGGUGCUACCGCAGUUACUCAAGUCGAAGAACAAUUAUCACAAGCAACAUUGACAUCAUCAGUUGGUAAGAAUAAUGCAUUCACAAGCAGGUUUUUGGGGUGCAUCUCCCUAGAACAAAUCAAUAUCAAGAGGUAUAUCUUCUAGAAAUAUACUGUAUUAGUCAAUAUCAAGAAUAUUGAAUAGUCAUUUGUUAUUACAUGUUUGGUUGGCAGUUUGAGGGUUCACACCCCACCUGAAGAAUGUGAACCAGCAAUGAUGCUCAAGCCCUUUCACAAGUGAAAUUGUGUGUUGAUGAUAGGAUUCCUGCCCCCUCCCACCAUUAUUAGUAAUAUUACUGGCCUGCCCAAUACUCUACCCCCACUCCCUCAUGACACACUUUGACAUUCUCAAAAAGAAUUGCUAAACAAAAUGGAUUUGCAACCCACCUCCUAGCCACCCCAUGCAUUACCCCUACUAUUACCCAUCUCUCUGUCCUCCUCCUCAAUAUUUAUCCCCUGCCUUUUGCUCCUUGCCUUUUGAAAAGCAAACAUUGUGUUUGAAUAAAUUUUUCAGGUUACACAAAGCGAGCAGAGGAGCUUCAAUUUCCACGAAGACCAGGUUAUGGAAAAAUUGGUCGACCAAUUAACCUUCACGCAAAUUUUUUUGCAUUGAGCUUGCCACGAAACGACUUCAUUUAUCACUAUGAUGUAACCAUAACACCCGAGGCAGUGAAGCAUGUUCAUCGUGAGAUCAUGGAACUGGUUUAUAAGAAAUAUGCAGGCGAGGCCUUUGGAAAAGCAAGACCUGCAUUUGAUGGCUCAAGGAAUUUAUACACAAUGAAGGAUUUGCCUGUUGGAAGGGAUGGAGUAUGUAUUUUACCACCCCCAUGAAUCCAAAUAGUUCCCCUAAUUAUGGCACUGAAAUGCCAGUUCAUAUGUCAGUUCAUAUGUCAGAUUAUUUAAAUGUGCAUGCUGGUGCACAGUAUUGCUUUGUCUUAUUUUCUGGUUUUUUGGAACCCCUUCAUACAACGAAGUAAGACAUUUCUCCACUGAUUGCAAAAUGUUCUAUUUCAAUCUGAUUGUUGUAUUUUUUUUCUAAGGUUAAACUAGUUGUUGCUCUUCCAUCUCGUGAUGAAAAGAGGGAGAAACGCGGUUUCACUGUGAGCAACUAUGAUAUUAUGAUAGUGAACUUACUGUAGUGUUUACUAGUUAUAAUACUGAGGAAAGCUAGUAUAAAACUGGGAUAAUUUUUUUUAAGGUAUCAAUCAAGUUUGCAGCAAAAAUAUACUUGAAGGAAUUAAAAGGUGAGUAAUAUAAAUAUACUCAGCAGGUAUCCGUUUGAAGUCCUGGCUAAUAAUAAUUUGGGUAUGGCCAAUACUGUUUUCGUUUACUGCUGGGCUCCGGCUAAUUGAUGAGCGAAGCAAGUAUAUGCAAAGAAUGGAAGGUCAAAGGCUCAAGCGCACUGUGAGUUGAGUGGUGGGCAAAGGCUUGCAAGCUUUGUCUACUUGGUAUAUUGUCCGAGUGCAAGACUGGGCUAAAAAUUUCAACUUGUCAUGGCUGUAAAAUGUCUUCUUAGCGCUGGCGAAAUUUGCCGUUCCGUGGCUUAAAACAAGAUGGGUGUAUACUGCUCAAUUCAGCUCAAAAUAUAAUGUGAAUCUUUUUCUAGCAAAAUUCAUGCCAGGCACCUUUAGAAUUUGUGCCGGUCCACUUUUAAAUUCUGUCUUGAUUUCAACAAUAUUUAGCUCUUGUUAACACUAGAUAAUUUUACUUGUUUUAGAGUUUCUCUCUGGAAAAGGUGCUGGCACUCGUCCUCAAGAUUCUCUUAUGACACUGGACAUUAUAUUACGUCACAUUCCAUCAUUUAAAUUUGAAUCUGUUGGAAAAGGAAUAUUUUGCCCUCCGAACUCCCGUUCAGUUGAUCUUGGUGACGGCAUUGAUUUACGUUUCGGCUUUUACCAGAGUGUUCGUCAUUCUGAAUGGAAGACAGUGCUUGUUAAUGUUGAUGGUGAGUGACAGAACUUUUCAUUUACCCAGCUUACACAAUUAGGCCUUUACUUGGUGGUCUCGGCUAGCUUUGGCAAGGUAAAAUUGGUUUGGUAAAUUGUUAUAUUUGUUGGCAUUUGGCAAGUAUGACGUCACAGGCGAAAUGAAAGGCAGGAUGCUGCUUCUAUUUUUCGCUAGCAAAGACAGUUUAAUGACUUUAAUCAGUGGCGGCUGCAUUUUGUUAUAAAUCACAUGCUAAGCAUAGAAACCAACAUUUCAGAGAAAAUAUUUACCCCCGUCAAAAAGAGUGUAUAAAAUGCGUAUGUUGUGACAUGUGCAGUGCAGAAACAUAUAUCAUGAUAACAAUUACGUUAUAUGAGUGUGAUUUGUGUUAUUUGGUACAAGUUUUUUACAGUCUUUCAAAAUUAUUGUGGGGCUUUUCCCCCCCUCUUAGCCCCUAGUCUCUGCCACUGAGUUUAAUCAGUUCAAUUCUUUCUGCCCAAUCUGCUAGAAAACCAUCGUAUUAUUGUAUUCUCUAGUUUCAGCUAAAGCGUUUUACAAGGAGCAACCUCUCGUCGAUUUUCUUCGUCAAAUUUUUAAUAUUGGCGUUCAAGAUUUAGACAAUCCUCGACUGUUUGAUAAUAAAAGAUUGUUUCAUCAAUUGAAAGAUGCCAUUAUUGGUAAGACAGUUGUAUUGCAGCGUACUUUUGUUGUUGUGUUGUGUUGUGUUGUGUUGUGUCAUGGUGCGUUGUGUUGUUUUGAGUGGCGUUGUUUUGCGGUAUGUUGUCGUCUCUUGAUAAUUUGAUUUGAAUUAUGUUGCGUUAUGUUAUUUAUUCAAUAUGAACGAACUAAUCUUCAUCUACACAGAUGAACUUUCGUGAUUUGUGCAUGUAUUAAUUUGAUUCAGAAAAACAUUGAAAAGUAUCAUAAUGAAGCGUUAUUAAUUCUUGGCUAAUUAGUCUGGAUCGUUCGGUCUUAAGCCCUGAUUCCACGAGCGCUUUUUGUCAGCUAAAUGCGAAAUAUUUGCGCUGUUUCUUUUGAAUUGUGAGCAAUCAUGCAGAAAUAAUUUAUUCGAGUGGUCACAAUUCGAAAGAAACAGGCGAAAUAUUUCGCAUUUCGCUGACAAAAAACGCUCGUGGAAUCAGGCCUUUAGGCAUGUGAAGUAUGCGCGCGCCCGUAAGUUAGCGCUGCAUCGAACUGCGUCAUUGGUUUCCCACUAAAGUCUGGUUCACACUAUCAAAGUUUCUGUGAUCACAGUAGGAAUUUUGCAUGGGUAAAUUCUAAGUUUUGAAAGAUUUGUAAGAAAUGUUUGAGGGAUCUGACUCAGUGUAACAGUGAUCACAUGAUAAACUUUGAUAGUGUAAACCAGCCGACACAUCAUCGUUCAGGUGGAGGAUGAUCCUUUUCUAGUGUAGAUCACGCCAUUCAAUUGAAGUACAUUAUUCCAAUCUAGGAUUGAAAGUUGCGACGAAUCAUCUUGGUCAGGUCAAGAGAAAGUUCGUUAUCGGUCGAAUUACUAAACCAGCCAACCAGGCAUCGUUCCCGUGUGACGGAAAGGAAGUAACUGUUGCUGAUUAUAUGAAACAAAAGUAUGGCAUUACUUUGAGGUGAGCUUCUUAUACACUUCUUUGCAUCAUGAGCCUAACAACGUCCAACGCAAGUUUUCUCUGUGAGUACUCCUAUUUCCCCUUCUACACUACAAAUACUAGAACAAUAAAGUGGAGUGAUGUUUUUGAUGUAGAACAUGUUACUCUGAGUGUAUAUCCACACCGGGCGGGCUGAAAAGUUAAGCCCUGGACAAACUAAGAAACAUUAUUGCGGAAACAUUUGUGAUUCUCGAUGUUUCCUCAAAUGUUUCUCCAACCGUGGAAACAUUGUUGCGGAAACAAAAUUUACUUCCCGGGAAGCAAAAAUGUUUCCUACCAAAUUCAGAAACAUUUGAUGUUUCCCUAUGUUUCUCACUAAUGUUUCCUAGUGUUUGCCCACUCUGGGAAACAUGGCGAAACAUCGGUAGGAAACAAUGUGUCCGCAACAAUGUUUCCUAGUUUGCCCAGGGCUUUAGCCUGACCACGGUGGGAAUCCGCGACCUUUGUUUGGGAUACUAAUCCAAUGCUCUGCCAACUGAGCUACGAGGCCAAGUCUGCUCGAGUGUGGAUAUUCUGCCCGGUGCGGAUAUACACUCAGAGUAACAUCAAAAACAUUAUAUUCACCAGAGUACAAAAAAUAUAAUAAAAUGGAGGUUUAAAUGAUCUGUUAUGUUGUUAGGUACCCAAAUUUACCAUGUGUCACGCGGCCCACACAGUAUGCUCAGUUUCCGUUAGAGGUACUUGAUGUUGUACCUUGUGUACGAAAAAAGAUCACGGAUGAUCAAAAAGUGAAGAUGAUUAAACAGACAGCUCGGCCUGCUAAACAGAGGGAAGAGGACAUCAAAUCAUGGGUAAGAUAUUUAAUUUCAAGUUACUAAUAUUUCUAGGAAUUUACGUCUACUUGAUAGGCCUAUGUUUUGACUAAAUGUCAAAGCUACGUUUUGCUCAAAACCUAGUGGUUAGUUCUUGCGUAACUCGACGCCUUAUUUUGUUUUUAGGCUGAAAAACUUGAAGAAAUUAAUCGUGAUUAUCUGUCCAACGAAUUUGGUAUGGAAAUGAAACCUCAACUGGCUGAUGUACAAGGUCGUGUCCUCCCUCCCCCAAUACUUAGUGUAGGUGGGCAGGAUAAUCGCCUUACCCCUCGUGACGGAUCAUGGGAUAUGAGGAACAAACAAUUCUACAGUGGUGUCGGCAUUCACUGCUGGGCAGUGGUAUUGUUUAUGAACGAGAAUUUCUGUCGCUCUGAAGCCGUGCGCAAUUUUGCGAGCACAUUCCAGUCUGUUGCAUCACGGGAAGGCUUACGAGUGACGUCAGAUCCGGUAACUGUGAAGUAUGAACGUCCAACUAAGGUAGGGUUGAUGUUUAUAACAGCGCAUCUGAUUGGCUAGUAAUAGUUUACCCUUAACGUGCACAACUUGUGGCUAGCAAUUGCACAUUGUAGCUGAGUGCUUCCUGGGCACAGAGAUACACUAUUUUUAUAACUAUACGAGCUUAGAACUCGUGAGGAGAACACGCUAGCUCUGUUAAACUAUCGUAUAAUGUUCUAAUUUUAAUUUAGGUAGAGGAUCUUUUGUGUUCCUUGAAAACGGAACAUCACAACCUACAGUUCAUCUUUUGCGUCUUGCCGGACACGAAGAAACCACUGUAUGGCGAAAUCAAACGUGUUGCUGACAACGUUAUUGGCGUCGUUACUCAGUGCGUGCAAUCAAAAUUUGUGCAAACACCUAAACCACAGGUCAUCUCCAAUAUCUGCAUGAAAAUAAACGCGAAGCUGGGCGGAAUUAACCACAUCAUAUGCAAAGACGUCCAAGCGCCCGUUUUUAAGGAGCCAGUUAUAGUCUUCGGUGCUGACGUGACCCACCCGCAAGCGGGCGAUAGUAUAUCACCAUCUGUAGCUGCGGUUGUAGCCAGCGUUGACUUAAAGGCGAGUCAGUAUACAGCUAUUGUCCGUGCUCAAGUCACGAAGAAAACUAAGCCUUCAAAAAAGACAGCAACUGUUGAGAUUAUCGACAACUUGGAUCAGAUCGUCAAAGAACUUUUAGUCCGUUAUUACAGGCGGGCAAAAUGUAAACCUACGAAGAUUUUAUUUUACAGAGAUGGCGUAAGCGAGGGUCAAUUUGAGCAAGUCUAUAUGUACGAACUACGGGCUAUCCAGAAAGCCUGCAUGGAACUGCCAGGCAAAUAUAGGCCGGGGAUUACAUUGGUUGUUGUCCAGAAGAGGCACCAUGCGAGGUUUUUUUGUGCUGACGCUGCAGAUAGGUCCGGCAAGGCUGGAAACAUCCCCGCAGGAACUGCCGUCGACCGUGGCGUUGUUCAUCCCUACGAGUUUGAUUUCUACCUUUGCAGUCAUUUUGGGAUACAGGUGAGCAACAGUGGAUAGUAAGAAGCCCAGAUAGUGAACUAUAGGAUCAUAGGUGAUGUUUUUAGUCUUCUGAUUGGUCAUAUUCUUUCCAUGUAUAUAAUCUCACGAUUGCUUAAAUUUGGUAUGUGACUGUGCUUUUUGCCUCUGGUCUGCAAUGACAACGACAUGCUUUUAAAAAGGUUUAUUUAUAAAAAGGUGACUGCACUUUGUGAGUUCUAUAUUAUCAUAUAGUGCAAUGGUGCUCACCGGAAGCUUUACCGAGUCGAUUUUAGAACCAACAGACCUAGGGCCUGUUGUACCAAGGCUGGAUAUUAGAUAGCGCUAUCCAUCGAAUAACGAUUUUUGAAGCGUUGUAAAAUUGCUUUAAAAGCUAUAAACUACGUAUACUUAUUGGCCUGAAACCCACAAAUUCUAUAGAAAUAUAAUGGCGUUUUUUGCCCCGUAAUUAAUUACCGUCGGUCACUGAACUAAACUGAUUAACUUUUUCUUCGUAGGGCACAAGUCGACCAACACAUUAUCACGUGCUUCAUGACGAUAAUCAAUUCACCGCCGACCACCUGCAACAAGUGACGAAUGAGUUGUGCUACACGUUUGCUCGAUGUACGAGAUCUGUGUCUAUUCCAUCCCCGGUGUAUUACGCUCAUCUUGUUGCUUUCAGAGCAAGAUAUCACAUGCACACCGAGUAAGUGAAAUGAGGAUUUAUUUCCUUUUGUUUUCUAUUGUCAUUAGAAUUUAUUUUUUUUAAUUCCACUUAUUAGGGAAACAAAUAAUUUCUGAACCAAGAACAAUUGUUUUUGACUAGAAAUAAGAACUAUUUGAGAACCGACUCAGCCUGAUUUCUCACUAAGUAGUAAGUACCUAUUGUAUAAGAACCAUUUCAGCCUGACACAAGAAAUAGUGGCUCUUGUCUGCUUUAGGAGUGAAUGAGACCAUCGCACUUUCCAAAGCUAUCUAAGUAGUACCACAGAUGAGGUAGAUACAGAUGUGAAUCUUCCGUCAAAUUAUGUCACACCGAUUAAAUAAACUUUAAAAUUGUAUUAAUUCACUAUUUUAUUAAAUUUUGAUAAUGCAGAGGAAUAAAACUAUACAUAUUAUAGAAGUAUUCAUGUUUUUUUUUAUGCGAGAGUUAUGUUUUGAGGCAUUUAUAUCAUUCGCUGUUUUGUUAUUUAUACACGAGCAUCUGAAAUUCCCAGCAAGUGUAUUUCACGAUUUUAAUAAGAAGUAGAUAGGGAAAAAACAAACUUUUGCUAAAUAAAAUGUUAUAUUAACACUUUUAAUAAAAAGAAAUCAAUAAAAGUGAUCGCUUACCGUUACUCUUGAAGAAUUAAUUCCAAAAAUAGCCGUCGGUAGCGUAGAUUUUUUAAAAAAACAAUUUUUCGUCUUUCGAACGGCGUUUUCCUAUCUCUUUCCUUAUUAAAUUUCAGAACGACACUUGCCAGCGCUCGCCGGAAGUGAGAAUUCCGUGUGACACAAAACAAUCAGCAAUUUGACGGAAGAUUCACAUCUGUAUCUACCUCAUCUGUGGUAGUACUUUCAUUUGUGUGAUUAUAUUUUCGCCUCAGUCGAAUGUCAGAAACGUAUCUCCAGAUCGCCCUCACCAAACACAUCACAGGGGUCUGACAAGGGAUGAACCUUACUGGAUCUGUAACAAGAACAGUUCGGAACUGUUGAAACAAAUACAACCCACACCGUCGCAGCGAUUACGUUAUCGAGUGAAUAACUUUAAUGUACAUUUCCAGGAAAUUUUACAAUGGCAGGAAACCGAAAUCGCAAGAAGAAAUUCUCAGAAUUGUCAAUGAUGAUAUUAAAGUCGAAGAGAAACACAGUCACACCAUGUACUUUACUUGA